UCCUUUACCUUCCUUUUCAAAUUCACCUAUGAAUAACAGCAACGAUUGCACAGAUUCAGAAAACAGGCCACCUUCAACGGCUCCUUUACCUUCCUUUUCAAAUUCACCUAUGAAUAACAGCAACGAUUGCACAGAUUCAGAAAACAGGCCACCUUCAACGCCAUCACCGAGUAUCUCUGAAUUGUCUGUAGCGACUUCAGCUUUACGAAAAAGACAACAUUCAAGUAACAUCGACGAAGUAGAUAGAGCUUUUUUACAGACCUUAAACACAAAUGUUCAACCCAAUCCUAUUGAUGGAUUCAUGUUACGACUGGCAGAAGGAAUGCGUCGACUUCCCUACAGGGAAAGAUCACAGUUAGAGUUGAAGUUCUUAAUAAAACUGCGUGAAACGGAGGAAAGAUUGGGACUAUUAAAUAACUAA